AUGGCAUCCUCCAGUGGUACCCUGUCAGAGGAGCUUCAGUGCUCUAUCUGUCUGGAUGUGUUCAUUGAUCCAGUCACCACUCCAUGUGGCCACAACUUCUGUAAGAACUGCCUGAAACAGUGUUGGGAAAAAAGUAAGGCCUUAAACUGCCCGUUAUGUAAAGAAUCAUUUGGUAAAAGACCCAACCUCAAGAUCAACACAGCACUUAGACAGGUUGUGCAAAUCUUUAAGGAGAAGUCUGAUGUUCUCUGUGACAUCUGUGAUGAAAUGAAGAUAAAGGCCCUGAAGUUGUAUCUGGUGUGUCAGACAUCUUACUGUGAAACUCAUCUGGAGCCUCAUCUGAGAGUGCCAUAUUUAAAGAAACACAAACUGACUGAUCUUGUGAAGAAUCUUGAGGACUAUAUACAGUUGUACUCAAAACGAUUCAUUUCUCGUCUAGAAGCCCUCUACUGCUUCGCUGUCGACUACGAGUCAAUGGGCAGAAUCUUCAUGGCAACGAGAAGACUCUCUUCUCCUCUAAAGUGCUCCGGCGAACAUCACUCUGCCUCACCACUUGACGCUUCACUGGUGAACGGGCUGCUUCUGCAUCCUGAUUCCACACAGUGCUUCGCCUUUGUGAUUGAGAUGCUGUGGAGAUGGUUAUUUCCAAAGUCAUGGAUCAUUGAUAAAUGUUUAAUUAGUGCUGAAGAAACGCAGCAAUAUGCAGUGGAUUUGACUCUGGAUUCUGACACAGCUUCUCCCUAUCUCAUCCUGUCUGGUGAUGGAAAACAAGUGAGAGAUGGAGACAUUAAUCAGAAACCCUCAGAUAACCCAAAGAGAUUUGACACUUGUCUUUGUGUGCUGGCAAAAGAGGAUUACUCCUCAGGGAGAUUUUAUUUUGAGGUGCAGGUGAAGGGGAAGACUGAAUGGGAUUUAGGAGUGGCCAGAGAAUCUGUUAACAGGAAGGGAAAGAUCACAGCGACUCCUCAGAAUGGAUACUGGAGUGUAGCUCUACGGAAUGGGAGUCAGUACCAGGCAUCUGAGUCUUCCACACUCUCUCUGUCUGUGAGAGUGAAGCCGAAGGUGGUGGGUGUGUUUGUGGAUAAUGAGGAGGGUCUGGUCUCCUUUUAUGAUGUGGAGUCCAGGUUUCAUAUCUACUCUUUCACCAGUCAGUCUUUCACUGAGGAACUCUAUCCAUAUUUUAGCCCUGGUAAUAGUAAUAAAGGUAAAAAUGCAACUCCACUGAUUAUCACUCAAGUACAAGCAAUGACUUCAGACCCUAAAUAUGAAGUGCACUACUGAAAUAAUGCUACGUUUGUUGUGUUGAUGAAAAUAAUAAACAUGUGUUUGUUGUUUUCAUUCAAUGAGAAUGACGUCAAUAAUUUUUUUCUUUUAGUGUUUGUUUUCCAGCAUAGGAAAUGUGCUAUAUAUUUUAUUGUACAUAAUAUGAUGUGUAUGUGUAUAUAUAUAUAUAUGCAUGUAAGACAUGCCAGCAUCUCCACCCCCCAAAAACACCUUCAUUGGGCUUCUCUUAAUAUGGGGUGUCAGUUGUGUAAUACCACUGUAUGUU